AUGGAGGCCCUGCUUGGAGGCCUGCUGGCGUUUGGCAUGGCGUUUGCUGUGGUCGACGCCUGCCCUAAGUACUGUGUCUGCCAGAACCUGUCUGAGUCACUGGGGACCCUGUGUCCAUCCAAGGGGCUGCUCUUCGUGCCCCCUGACAUCGACCGGCGCACAGUGGAGCUGCGCCUGGGCGGCAACUUCAUCAUCCACAUCAGCCGCCAGGACUUCGCCAACAUGACAGGGCUGGUGGACCUGACCCUGUCCAGGAACACCAUCAGUCACAUCCAGCCCUUCUCCUUCCUGGACCUCGAGAGCCUGCGCUCCCUGCACCUAGACAGCAACCGGCUGCCCAGCCUCGGGGAGGACACCCUCCGGGGCCUGGUCAACCUGCAGCACCUCAUCGUGAACAACAACCAGCUGGGUGGCAUCGCAGAUGAGGCCUUCGAGGACUUCUUGCUGACACUGGAGGACCUGGACCUCUCCUACAACAACCUCCAUGGCCUGCCCUGGGACUCCGUGAGGCGCAUGGUCAACCUCCACCAGCUGAGCCUGGACCACAACCUCCUGGACUACAUCGCCGAGGGCACCUUUGCUGACCUGCAGAAACUGGCUCGCCUGGACCUCACCUCCAACCGGCUGCAGAAGCUGCCCCCAGACCCCAUCUUUGCCCGCUCCCAGGCUUAUGCUCUGACUGCCACGCCCUUUGCUCCACCCUUGUCCUUUAGUUUUGGGGGGAACCCUCUGCACUGUAAUUGUGAGCUUCUUUGGCUGCGGAGGCUUGAGCGGGAUGAUGACCUGGAGACCUGUGGCUCCCCUGGGGGUCUCAAGGGUCGCUACUUCUGGCACGUGCGUGAGGAGGAGUUUGUGUGUGAGCCACCUCUUAUCACCCAGCACACACACAAGCUACUGGUUCUGGAGGGCCAGGCGGCCACGCUCAAGUGCAAAGCCAUUGGCGACCCCAGCCCUCUUAUCCACUGGGUGGCCCCCGAUGACCGCCUGGUGGGGAACUCCUCUAGGACCGCUGUCUAUGACAAUGGCACCCUGGACAUCCUCAUCACCACAUCUCAGGACAGUGGUGCCUUCACUUGCAUUGCUGCCAACGCUGCUGGAGAGGCCACGGCCACGGUGGAGGUCUCCAUCGUCCAGCUGCCUCACCUCAGCAACGGCACCAGCCGUGCAGCACCCCCCAAGUCCCGCCUCUCAGACAUCACGGGUUCCAGCAAGGCUGGCAGGGGAGGUGGAGGCAGCGGGGGCGGGGAGCCUCCCAAAAGCCCCCCUGAACGGGCUGUACUUGUAUCUGAUGUGACCACCACCUCAGCUCUGGUCAAGUGGUCGGUCAGCAAGUCGGCGCCCCGGGUGAAGAUGUACCAGCUGCAGUACAAUUGCUCUGAUGAUGAGGUACUGAUUUACAGGAUGAUACCAGCCUCCAACAAGGCCUUCGUGGUCAACAACUUGGUGUCAGGGACUGGCUAUGACUUGUGUGUGCUGGCCAUGUGGGAUGACACCGCCACGACGCUCACAGCCACCAACAUUGUGGGCUGCGCCCAGUUCUUCACCAAGGCUGAAUACCCACAGUGCCAGUCCAUGCAUAGCCAGAUCCUGGGCGGCACCAUGAUCCUGGUCAUUGGGGGCAUCAUCGUGGCCACACUGUUGGUCUUCAUCGUCAUCCUGAUGGUGCGCUACAAAGUCUGCAACCACGAGGCGCCCAGCAAGAUGGCUGCGGCCGUGAGCAACGUGUACUCGCAGACCAACGGGGCCCCGCCACCGCCGGGCAGCAUGCCUGCCCCGCCGCAGGGCCCGCCCAAGGUGGUGGUGCGCAGCGAGCGCGCGGACUUUGGUGCCAACCUGGUGCACGGCAGUGACUCCUCCUCUUCCAGCUCCCUGGGCAGUGGAGAGGCUGCGGGGCUGGGCCGGGGCCCCUGGAGGCUCCCACCCCCUACUACCCGCCCCAAACCCAACCUUGACCGCCUGAUGGGGGCCUUUGCCUCCCUGGACCUCAAGAGCCAGAGAAAGGAAGAGCUGCUGGACUCUAGGACUCCAGCCGGGAGAGGGUCUGGGACCUCAGCCAGGGGCCACCACUCAGACCGAGAGCCACUGCUGGGUCCCCCGGCAGCACGGGCCAAGAGCCUGCUCCCCUUACCCCUGGAGGGCAAGACCAAACGCAGCCACUCCUUCGACAUGGGGGACUUUGCGGCUGCAGCAGCAGGAGGCGUCGCCCCCGGUGGCUACAGCCCCCCUCGGAGGGUCUCGAACAUCUGGACGAAGCGCAGCCUGUCUGUCAAUGGCAUGCUCUUGCCCUUUGAGGAGAGUGACCUGGUGGGGGGUCGGGGGACUUUCGGCAGCUCUGAGUGGGUUAUGGAGAGCACGGUGUAGGCCCGGGGAUGGGCGUCCUCCCUCCCCCUCUUGCAGGGUGGGAGAAGAAGGGGAAAGAAUCUUUAUUGGCAAGUCUUUGUGGAGUUUCCAUGGUGAUGUUUACAUCCAGGGACAGUUUCGUCUCCCUGUCGACGGCCUCUUGCCCCCCCCCCGCCCAUUCCCCACCACCCACAUCACCUCCCCACCACCCAGCCGGGUUGUGCUCAGGGAAUGCGGACUCUCUAAAAUGUCGGACU